AGUAGCGCCCCGGCCGGUGCAGGCGUCAGUAGCGCCAGUAGUGAGCUGUGCGCGCCGCGAGUAGUGCGCCUCCCAGGAGUAAUGGAGAACUGAGACCAGUUGUGAAGUAGUGCCACAGCAGGACUGGCGGUGCUAGUGCCCAUGUAGCCGCGCCUGGGCCAGGAAGAGCUCCAGAGGCGCCAUGCGGGGUCUGGCCGCGCUGCUGCUCGCUCUGGGCGCGCUGCGUCCCGCCGCCGGCUCCGGCGUGGAGGUGCUGAAGGGAGUGAGGAUCCGGGUGCCGGAGGCCGUGCGGGCGGGAGACACGGCCAAGCUGGCCUGCGACUACGACCUGGAGGACUCGCCGCUCUACACCAUCAAGUGGUACCGCAGCGACGAGGAGUUCUACCGCUACGUGCCCAAGGAGUCGCCGGCCACCAAGGUGUUCCCCAAGCCGGGCAUCAACGUCGACAUCAACCUGUCCAACGCACGCGAGGUGACCUUGUGGGGCCUGAAGAGGAACCAGACGGGCUUCUACAAGUGCGAGGUGACUGCCGACGCGCCUUCCUUCCACACGGAGAUCCGCUCCGCCCUCAUGAUAGUCACAGAGUUUCCCGACGAGAACCCGGUGCUGGAGGUGGGCAAGCUCAAGUACUCGCUGGGGGAGAGGCUGCGAGCCAACUGCAGCUCUCGGCCCUCCUACCCGGCCGCCAACCUCACCUGGUUCAUCAACGGCCAGCAGGUGUUCGGCUCGAAGCAGGUGGUGAUCCGCAAGGUGGUGCACCAGCACGCGGACGAGCUGGAGUGGACGAGCGCCAGCCUGGAGCUGGAGGCCUCGAGCGGGGUGUUCCGCGAGGGUCGGCUGAAGCUGCGCUGCCUGGCCACGCUGUUCACGCUGUACCGCCGCACGGAGGAGGUUGAGCUGUGCGAGGACUCGCCCCAGCUGGCGCCCGUCAUGGGGCCCACGGCGCCGGCCGGCCUCAGUCUCGGCGCCAGGGUGCAGCAGUCUCUGCUGGUCUGCUGCGCCGCCUGCUUCUGCGCCGUCGUCUCAGCGAGCGCCAGAUAGCGUGCCGCAGGGCUGCCAACCUCCCGAGCCGGCAGGUCCUAGCGUUCUGCUCCCCGGCAGGCAAAUACUGUAAUAGGGUCAGUACGGGGAAACUCUUUAGGAACACGCCAGACGAGUGAAGUCAGCGAACCUGGCGGCUUUUCGCACGACGUGUUUAAAAUAGAGUGAGAAUAUAACAGCGACGUGUUAGUGUCAAACUGCUAGAAAGAAAUGCGGUUAAUAAUUGUCUCCGCGCUCGCUUCGUCAGCGCUGAUUGGCCAGAGUUUCCCGUAGUGUCCUAUUGCGAUAUUUGGUUUUCAGAGACUGCGUGCAAAUGAAGCCGUCAAGCGUGUUUUUGGUGUCGCCGCUGUGGACAUGCGAGCAAACCGCCGAGCCCAGGUCGAAUCCGCCGUAAUUGUUUACAAAGUAUCCUGUGGGAAAAUGCAAUUUAUAUUCCGCGAGCAUUGUUGUCUCUAUUUGUAGAGACCGGAAAAAUUCGCGAAUUCAUUUCGCGACAGGCUAAAAUACAAAUAGUUAUACCUCAGUGCUGCCUCUGCUAUUGGCUCACAACUCACCUGGAUGACUCCGGGCCAGCGAGAAACACUCAACCAAAGCUUUAUAUGAAUUACAGGCUGCUACGUUGUGACGUCUCGCAAGACAGCAGCCAAUGAGUGGGUUAUAUCUAACCGAGUGUAUGUAGAACUAUGGAGUUCAUCCUAGAAGUCAUUGAACCCACGAAUUUUUCCGGUCCCUAUCUGUUUGUAAGGAACUCGCGAUGAAUGUUUACUUGCUGUAAUGUAGGGAAGGAAGCAAAUCAUUACCUUGUGUGCUUCCAAAGCUCGACUGUCGACUCCACCCUUCUGCAGGUGACACUCUUGCAAUGAAGUGUAUAGGCAUAUAAAAUAGAAUGUGUUUUGCAAGAUUAUCUUUCUGAGCAAAACAGAAAAAAACUAAUAGUGUUACUACAAUCAAAAGAACUAUUUAAUUUUUAAGUUAUUAUGAAAACGUUAUCCCAUAAUUUGUGAUGAUGUUAUUAUUGGUAAAUCAUAUGUAUGUGAUACUAUUUGGUAGUGAACAAAUAUGAUGUUUAACUUUGAAAAUGUCCUAUUUAAAAUAUAACUGUGCAAACAGCAAGUUAUUUUGAUGACUUUUAGUUAGAGGUGUGCAUAACUUGUGUUUUUUAUUUAUUUAAGUGCGUUUAUAACUAAAUGGACAAUUUGUGUACCCACUUAUUAUUACAACUAUACAGGAAUAUCAAGGUAGUGAUUCAGUGGUUAUAUUUGUACAUUCAUGUUAUUUUUCGCAUGCAGUGAAAUUUGUAAUUACAAACAUGUGAUAAGUUGUAGUUGGUAGGGUAAUUUUGUAAAUAUGUACGUACCUAUUGUAUAGAUAAUACUGUUGUUUGGUAUGUAUGCAAAAGUUUAAAUAUUUAUUUUUCAUUUCAAAUUAUAUUAUUUCUCCCAAAAUAAGAUGGAAAAUAUGAUAUAAUACCUUUAAAAAGUAAUGAUAAAAUUUUGUUGAAGAAACUUUUUAAUCUAAAAUCCAUAUAAUGCGUAUACAUGUCUUCGUUUUUUUGUUUUAGGUAUGUUGAAAUAUUAGUUUCAUUAGUAAAAUAUCGUGCUUUUUUUUGUGCGCAUGGUUACCUUUAUACUAUCAUAAAAAAACUGAAACGAAUUAAUUCCCUUGAUGUAUCCAAAGAGUUAAUAUGUAAGGUUCAAUGUAUGCUGUGUUACACGACGUAUGAUAUAUAUAUGUGUAACCUGUAAAUGUUAUGUACUUGGUACAGAGACGCAAAAAUACAAGAGCGUAAAUACGCGAA